AUGGGGUUGAGUCCGCCUCAAUAUCACUUGUUAGAGGCUUCUACUUUUGUAGACCCCACUUAUAGUGAAGUUGAUGCUUUAUUCGGAUUUGCUGCACAUUCAGAACAGCAGCCUGCCGACCAGGCUGUGGUGGAUUCGGCUCCAAUUCCUAAGCAGUCUCGCAUGUUGCCGGAUGCAAAGGGGAAAUUAAUCUACAUCGGACAAUCAGCCUCGCUCUCAUAUCUUCACAUCGUGCAGCGGGUGGCGGCAGAUUGCAUAGGGUCAUGUAAAUUCACAGAUGAUCCACAGCAGCAAUAUAUACUUGAGAAAGACUUUACAGGCCAUCUAGGAAGUUGCCCCGAGCCAGAGCCGGAACUAGAGCGAUCCUUAGGCCUUGCAGAGCAAUAUGAACUAGCUGUUAGUGGCGUCUUCAAUUUCUUCGACAUUUCUUACCUUCAAACCGCCAUCCCUCCUUGGGUCGCUGACCCUAACCGGCGAGAGAGACCGGAAACUCCUGUGAUAUUUUUGGCUCUCGCAAUAGGAGCCCUGGGACGGGCUGCUGACGAUGAAGAUGAAGAUAUUGCAGAGAGAUAUUUCAACUAUGGUCGCCAGCAAGCUGUCAUUCAUCUCAUGGACGACCCUUGUCUUAUGACUGUGGUGGCAUUUUCUUUGAUCAGUUAUUAUAUGCUUUCCUCCUGUCGGCGGAAUGGGGCAUUUACUAAUAUAGGAAUAGCUGCCCGUGCAGCAUAUGCACUAGGUAUACACCGGCAUGAGACAAACCGUGCUUUUGGUGGUGGCGCAAGAGAACGGGCUUGGAAGUCUCUCCGUGUCUGUGACUUGUUUCUGAGUGCAUCAAUGGGUCGUCCACCAGCAACAUCAGAAGCUGAUUGCAAUAUCCCGUGGUCAAAAUCGUUUGCAAGAAUGAAUAAUGAUGAUUAUAAAGACGACAGAUCUGUACCGACACAGGAGGACUCUGCAAUAUUCAGAAUAUGCCUGAUUUUUGAGCGCAUAUUAGUCGAAGUAUUCUCACGAAGAGCAGUAUCGCUUGACUUAGCAGGAAGCAUAUCGCAACAACACCGCCAAUGGACAGAAGAGCUACCGUCAAUGCUAAAAAUCGACGGUCUCCUAAGGAAUGAUACCAGCACAAAGGCAAGCAUUCAGAAACUAGGAACUCACAUCGUCACGAUGGCAUACUAUUACUCCAUUACGUUACUUUGCCGACCUUUUCUUUCUUUCCAUGUCGGUACUCGGCUCAAAAAGAACGGCAAUACUCAAGACCACAAGUCUUAUUCGGAUUUUAUCGCGACCUACUCAGAUGCAUGCAUCGACUCCGCCAUCAAAGGAAUAGCACUUGCUCACGAAAUAGUCUUUGAUGAGUCCAUGCCAAAACGCCAACCACUCAUUAUCAACAGUGUCUUUAUAUCUGCCCUUUGUCUAGGACAUGCAAUUUUUGGUGAUUAUGACCAGCGCGGCUGGCCACUCAAUUGUAAUCUUGACACUGCAAUCUCCAUUCUUCGAAAAUUAGGUCCCAAGAAUCCACAAGCAGCUCGGUAUUGUGAGAUUUGCUGCUAUAUGAAGGAAGCUGUUGGGACGUAUACGCACCGAAGAGCGGACACAUUAUUACCGAAUUUGAACGUGAGAUCUAUGUUUGGCGAUAUUCAGGCCAUACGGAUUAGAACUCCGGAUUUAUUAAAGGAUGUCGAUGCCGUUCAUGAUCGAGGCACCGAACACAUUUCUAUCACUAAUAGCCACACAUCAACAGCACAAAACAAGACCAUAGCCUAUAAUGAAAACACUGUCGACAAUAUCGCCGGCUCUACUAUCAUCCCACAGAGCUCUAUGGGCACCCCGGAGAGCUUGAUGCAUUUGGCAAGUCUCCCUCAUGAUGACAAUGACCUUCAUGAAGCAAUGAACAAACAUUAUGAUCCGUGCUCAAAUAUAGAUUCCGGAUCUUCACCAACUAUGAACAAUUUUGCCUUUAGCAAUACUUUGCCUCUAUUCUCAUUGAUAGACGAUAUAAGUCCAAGUCUAGGCGCGGAUCAUAGCGUUUUACUCGGCUAUAUUUAG